AUGAAGGAAGCAGAGGCAGCAGAGCAGUCGAAUAAGAAGAGACCUGGUGCUGCUCCUGGGGAUCGAUCCGGAGGAAGGCAAGACAAGGAGGUGGAAAGGGGAAGAAAGGAUCUGAUAAAAACAGAAAGCAUAGGGAAUUCAGGGAUUCCAGGUUUGGAUUUGGAGGCAGGAAAGGUUUAA